GAUAAGACGGGCGCUGUUGGAUGGUUCUCGGCAGCCACGGAGCGAGAAAGAGACGCAGUGGUUGUCAUCUAUCAAUCGCUUCCGGCAGUUAGAUGACCGAGAGAGCAGCACUCGGGGGUCAACGCCUCGUAGUCAAAGAUCACAGCCCUCGGCAAGCAGAGAUGACGUGUACCGCCCUCGAGGCGGAAACUCUCCAAGACACUACGAAGAGGAGCGCUCUCGACCCAGAGCUGGCGGUCAGCGUCGACGUUCACGGUCUCCAAGAUGGCAUGAGCAAGACCGCUCCGAGCGUAGAGACUCCUCAGCACGCUACGAUGAGUACCGCCCCCGACCUCGAUCUCGCAGUCCGCGUCGACGCUCACGGUCUCCAGGACGGCACGAAGAUUAUAUCCCUCGGCGUAUAUCUCACAGCUAGCGUCGACGUUCGCGGUCUCCAAGAUGGCAUGAGCAAGACCGCUCCGAGCGUAGAGACUCCUCAGCACGCUACGAUGAGACGGCACGAACAGCCUCGUCUCAGCCGCAGAGGAUCUCCAAUACGACACGAAGCGUACCCCUCUCAACACGAUGGAUACCACUCUCGGCGUAGAUCUCGCAGCCGGCGUCGACACUCACGGUCUCCAAGAAGGCAUGAACAGGACCGCUUCGGCCGCAGAAACUCUCCAGCACGAUCCGAAGCGUACGCUUCAGGUCGGAGAGUCGAGAAGCAGAAAUCGCCGCGGCCCUUACCGUCAGCACUGGGUUGUGUGACGGCUGCACAGUCCUCCAACGCUGUAGGGGAAGCCUGGAAAAGUUUGGACAAUGUCGCCAUAACAAGCACGGUCGAGAACCAGAGUACUGGACCGGAGCUUACAAACUUCUCUCAGCUGCCGAGAACCCCAGAGUUUCCUCCAACUGCUACAGGUCCAAAUGUCGACUUGGAUGGGUGGGAAGAUGACGACGAGUUCGGGCAACUGAAUCCAGACGAAAUGAUGCAAGAUUUGCCGUCUACCACGGCCGAUUUCGACGCUUUCUUUGAACGAAUUGACGGCGCAACUGCAGGUCCUUUCGCCAAUCCCGAUGUUGAAGGCCCACAAUAUGUGUUUGGCGAAGCGGGCGCUAAUCGGCAAGAUGAUAUCGACGACGCCGUCUCUAAUUACGCGGGUAGUGAUUUAGCUGAGGAAGAUACUCCUGAUAUCGACGACGCCGUCUCUGAUUACGCGGGUAAUGAUUUAGCUGAGGAAGAUACUCCUGUCAUUGACGAUGCCGUCUCUGAUUACGCGAGUCGCAGGGCACAUGAAAAGAACGUCCGUGGUAUGCACGACCGUCGUGUUCUCUACCCUUGCACGCAGGAAGACUGUACGGCAGGACCUUAUACUACUGCCAAAGCUCUAAAAGUACACGAAAAAAACAAACAUGGGAUGCACGGCGGCACUGUUCGCUUUCCUUGCAUACAGGAGGGCUGUACUGUUUCACCUUAUACUACUGCCAGCGAUCUAAAAAGACAUGAAAAAACGAAACACGGGAUGCACGGCGGCACUAUUCUCUUUCCUUGCACACAGGAAGGCUGUACUGUUUCACCUUUUACUCGUGCUAGCGAUCUAAAAAAACAUGAACGGAGGAAACACGGGAUGCAUGGCGGCGCCGCUUUCAGUUGUCCUAUCUGCUUCAACGGCAGCCGUGACCAGUCAUCGCUUGAGUCGCAUAUGACAACUAGGCACCCGAUGUAUGGCUACCUUCGAGAACCACUCACCGUCUUCGACGACCCGCUUUACAAGUCUCUGCUUCACGAAUUGGAACUGGAGGGCGGAGAGCCUCUAUCGUGGCCAGAUCAGCUCCACUGUCCAAGAUGCAACACAGCACAGGAUGAUUGGAGCACUCUUCAUAACCAUAUUCUCAAAGCUUGCACCAUAGAAUCGUUCCCAUGCCCUUGGGCUCAUCAUGGCUGCCUGACCGAGCUUACGCGCGCUUCAGAUAAAUCUCAAGCUCAUUUAGCUACUCAUCUUGCCGAUAACCGGGGCUUUCCUUGCUUGUAUGGCUGUUCAGGUCACUUCGGCGACGUCUACUCACUAUAUUGUCAUGAGAUUGCCGCGGAUAUCCUUCAGGACAGCCUUUGUCACCCUGAUAGGAGGCGCAAUCAACCUUGUAUAGGGGAUUUAACCUUCAAACGUUAUAUCAGACGACAGCUAGACCAGCCCGGGCAAGGGCCACCUGGAAUCUACGUUGUCAUGCGAAAUAGCCGCGAUCCACCUGGUACAUGGACUAGCGACGGGAAGGACUGGCGAGAAAGUGCCGUUUCUUUUGUGAAGGCGAUGCUCGCUGAUUAUCGGAAAGCUUUCGGGGAUGACCGACCUGCAGUCCUGCAUUAUGCUAGGAACUCACCUACGGCACUAGUCCCUUCCUCACCUCAAGGAGAGGCACUCGGAAGCCCAAUGGAUAAUCUGACCGCCUGGACUUACGCAGUUCAGAACGAUCUCAAGGCAGCUACGAAUCCAGUAAUACUUGCCGUGGGAGUCGACGGGUUCUCAUGUUGUGUUUCACGAAUGAUUCCAUUCCUUCGGGCUAAUCCUAGCUUCUUGUUUGUCAUCAGAGAGUGGAAACCAACCAAGGGAGGCGCCAAACAUGACUGCCCAGAUAUCGUAGCGCAUGGGACUGGGGUGGUCGACGUUAAGGGUCUGUCCAGUGUGUUCAUUCAGUACAGAUCUGAGGAAAUUUUGGCACAUCUUGAAAGACACGAGCACUUUCCACACAUUGCAUUGCUGGAGCACCAUUGGACUGGCAAACAAGAAGCGAAAGACGCUGUGGGGAGAUUUCUUAGGCCCAGGAACCGGGUCUAGAGUAAACAUGGUUACCUCGUAACAGGUCUGUAUAUACUUUCUUUUCUCGCCCUGCCAUAAGCGCGUUGUCACACUGUCGAAGUUGAACAAAAGAAAAAUUGUCAUUUUGAGUGCCAUUUCC